CCCGUCCUGCUGCAGCUCAGCAACCGCCUCUUCGAGGAGCUGGCCAUGGACGUGUACGACGAGGUGGAUCGCCGGGAGAACGACGCGGUGUGGCUGACGACGCAGAACCACAGCACGCUGGUGACGGAGCGCAGCGCCGUCCCCUUCCUCCCCGUCAACCCCGAGUACUCGGCCACCCGCAACCAGGGCCGGCAGAAGUUGGCUAGGUUCAACGCCAGGGAGUUCGCCACGCUGCUCAUCGACAUCCUCGGGGAGGCCAAGCGCCGGCAGCAAGGGAAGAGCCUGCUGAGCCCCACGGGCGACCUCGACUUCUCCCUGCGGAGCCAGAGCGACCUGGACGACCAGCACGACUACGACAGCGUCGCCUCCGACGAGGACACGGACCAGGAGCUGCUGCGCAACGCCUCCCGCAACAACCGUGCCCGGAGCAUGGACUCCUCGGACCUGUCGGAUGGCCCCAUCACGCUGCAGGAGUACCUGGAGGUGAAGAAGGCCCUGGCCGCCUCGGAGGCCAAGGUGCAGCAGCUGAUGAAGGUGAACAACAGCCUGAGCGACGAGCUGCGCCGGCUGCAGCGCGAGAUCCACAAGCUGCAGUCGGAAAACACGCAGAUCCGGCAGCAGACGGGGCCCCCGCACCCGGCCCCGGCCCCCAGCGAGCGCCCGGAGCACGGGCACCCCCCCGGCACGGCCCCCCCGCACCGCCGGGACCGCCAGGCCUUCUCCAUGUACGAGCCCGGCUCGGCGCUGAAACCUUUCGGGCAGCCGGUGGAGGAGCUGGUGACCAGGCUGCAGCCCUUCGGCAGCAGCGAGGCGGAGGACGAGGCUCUGUACUCCAUGCACAUCCCGGCCAGCGUGUACCGGAUGCGGAAAGGUCCGUCGGCCUCCUCCAUGCCCUUUCCCCCAUCCUCCCCGCUGCUCUCCUGCCCGCCUGAUGGUGCCCGGCACAUGAGCAAACUGGACCGGCACGGCAGCGGCACCGAUAGCGACUACGACAACACCCAGGCGGGCGAGAUCCUGCUUGGCAUGGAGGGGAAGCGUUUCGUGGAGCUGAGCAAGGACGAGGACUUCCCCCACGAGCUGGACCCGCUGGACGGGGAGCUGGAUCCCGGGCUGCCCAGCACGGAGGACGUCAUCCUCAAAACCGAGCAGGUCACCAAGAACAUCCAGGAGCUGCUGCGGGCUGCCCAGGAGUCCAAGCACGACAGCUUUGUGCCCUGCUCGGAGAAGAUCCACUUGGCCGUGACGGAGAUGGCAUCGCUCUUCCCCAAGAAGCCGGCGCUGGAGACGGUGCGGAGCUCGCUGCGGCUGCUCAACGCCAGCGCCUACCGGCUGCAGAGCGAGUGCCGCAAGACCGUGCCCCCCGAGCCGGGCGCCGCCGUGGACUACCAGCUCCUGACGCAGCAGGUCAUCCAGUGUGCCUACGACAUCGCCAAGGCCGCCAAGCAGCUGGUCACCAUCACCACCCGCGAGAAGAAGCAGUGAGCGCCGGCCCGCGCCCUCCUGCACCUCCCCGGCCUCUCCUCUCCUCUCCCCCCAUCUCCUCCUCCCUCCUUUCUGGCGGCGUUUGGCACGCGGGGGUGCAAGUGGCCUUAGCCCUUGCGGGGCCAGGGCGCGGGGCGAGCCCCCGCAUCCCCCCCCCCCGCCCCGGUGCCGCCGCGGAGCUGGUGCUCAGCUGUGGGGUAGGUGCCUGCGUCCCCCUGUACAGACCCCUGCCCGCCCCGCGCAGCCCACCCCCGGGGCAUGCGCCUAACUUAUCCUGUACAUAGCGUGUGCAGCUGCCCGUGCUGGCGGCGGCGAUGUCCCCCCUACCCCUCCUCAUUCCUUGCCGGGCGGCCGGUACCCCUGGGGCCGCCGGCAGC